UUGGCAACGUGGUGCGCGUCUCAUCCCGCUUUUUUCAGAAGUUUGGUUAGGAUUAUACAAAUUAUUAUUUUUAUUAAACAACGAAGUCCAUAAAUAAAGAGGCGUUUUAUUUCUGAACUAAGUAUGUCGUCCCAGAAAAAGGAGAGUCGUUAUCACCCUUAUUCAAAAUGUGAUGUGGUUUCCAUCGACAAGUCAGUUAUUACCAUAAACGGUACAAAAUUUAAAGACACCGGGGGCGGAUUUCUAUUAGAAGAGGCUGCAGAAAAAGUCGAUGCUCCAAUUACAUGCGUUACUGAAGAGGCACCUCUGUUCAAAGACGAUCGACCCACAUGCGAGAAAUGCAACAAGAUCUUCUCCAAAUCGUGGUUAUUCGAUACAUUUGAUUUUCCCGUUUGCGAUGAAUGCAAGGAUUCAGAAGAGGAACAUAGACUUAUUACGAAAACUGAGGCGAUGAAAGAGUAUCUUUUGAAAGAUUACGACUUGGAUAAACGGGAGCCUGCUUUAAAGUUUAUUAAGCGCAAGAACCCUCACAAUUCUCAUUGGGGCGAUAUGAAGUUAUACCUACAGUUGCAGAUUGAGAAACGAGCAUUAGAAGUGUGGGGUUCCCAAGAGAAGAUAGAGGAAGAGCUUGAAAAGAGGGAGGAGAAACGGGUGAUUUCCAAGAGUAAAAAGUAUCAGAAGCAAAUGAAGGAGCUGAGAAUGGCUGUUCGUAGUAGUUUGUACAAUAAAACAUCGACCGCCUCUCAUAAACACGAAUUUGGACCUGAAACGUAUAAUUCUGAUGAUGAUAAUUAUACUCAUGUUUGUAUUACUUGCCAAUAUGAGGAAACCUUUGAGAAAAUGUGAUUAUUUACCUACAAUUUUUAUAUUUUUUAAAACAUGUUUUACAGAAGGAUUAAUUUUAAAAUGUAGAUGCAUAAAAUAUGAUUUAUAUCUAAUUUACUCAAUAUAAUUGUGUUUAUUAUU